AUGAACGUCUUCGAGAACUAUGAUCACAUUGCUCAAGUGGACGUGGAAACUUUAAUUUUGACCCGUCUGCGCUUUAACACGGAGCUGAAUGCGAAGAAUCUAUGGCAUUUAGCAUUUUACAAGCCAGGAUUCGACGAGCCAGAUGAAUUAAGUGGCCCGUAUACCACUUCGACCCGCGAUCGAUCACUCGCCGGAAGAAAAAUCCUGUCCAAAAUCAAAUCGGAUUCAAGAGCAGCGGAGCAGAUGUUUAAUCUGGCGGGAGAACUCGGACAUCCCUUCGUUCCAAGAAGGGAGACCUUUUACAAUGCGUCAGGUGACGAGCUCUUCUCUUAUCGAGCUUUCAAGGAAAAGAACAGCGACGUUGUGGCCAUCCUGAACAACAUGCCGCAGGGUACUAGUAUGGACUUAAUUACUGUACAUCCGAAUUGUUAUCUAUUCAAUAAAUCGACGUGCGUUACAGAUUUGAGCACAGAUUUUCUUGCGGCCAUAAAGUAUCUUGAAGCUUGUGUUGCUGGGGAUCCCAGGUUCGAGAGUGAGAGGACGGAAUGGUCAUGCAAGGGGCUUAUUUUAUAUUGCAAAGCAGUUAGUAAAAAGGAUGGGCUUGUGAUGUCGGCAGCAAAUGUCUCAGGGUGGUCUGAAAGCAGUGUUCUUGAGGCCAGUGUUCCUGAGACCAAACCUGAUGCAUGA